AUGUGUAAUAAAGAUCAUUUCAGAGUGAUAAUUGUUGGAGGAUCUGUCGCUGGACUCACCCUGGCCCACUGUCUCCAGCAGGCAGGAAUUGACCAUGUUGUCCUCGAGAAAAGCCCGAAUCUCUCGCCACAGGUGGGGGCAUCAAUUGGUAUUAUCCCUAAUGGGGGACGUAUCCUUGAUCAACUGGGGCUCUUUGAUGCCGUGGAGAAGAUGACCCAUCCUCUUAGCAUGGCUACUAUCACAUACCCUGACGGGUUUUCCUUCUGUAGCAAUUAUCCUAAGAUUGUGGAUGAAAGAUUCGGAUAUCCCAUUGCAUUUUUAGAUCGACAGAAAUUCCUUGAGAUUCUGCACACAACGUACCCUGAGCCGUCGAAUAUCCAUACCGAUUGUCGAGUGACGCAUAUCCGACGCCUAGACAGCCACAUUGAAGUUGUUACAAGUUCCGGGCUGGAGUAUAUGGGGCACCUAGUGGUCGGUGCUGACGGCGUCCAUAGCAUCAUCCGCUCUGAGAUGUGGAAAUUGGCGGAUGCGCUGGAACCUGGACGGGUGUCGAAGCGGGAAAAGAGAAGCAUGAAGGUCGAAUACGCCUGUGUCUUCGGCAUCUCAUCGCCCGUGUCAGGCUUAAAUGCCGGAGACCAAGUGAAUGCAUUUCAUGACGGCCUGACCAUUAUCACCAUCCAGGGGAAACAUGGACGAGUGUUCUGGUUCGUGAUCCAGAAGUUAGAUGACACCUACACAUACCCGGACACGGUGCGAUUUUCUAGCGCCGACGCCGUACGUACAUGUGAGAAAGUCGCUCACUUCUCACUGACAAACGGGGCCACUUUCGGCCAGGUCUGGGAGAAUAGGGAGGUUACGUCUAUGACAGCAUUAGAGGAGAAUAUCUUUAGCACCUGGCAUGCGGAUCGUAUUGUGUGUAUUGGGGACAGUAUUCACAAGCAGAUGACGCCAAACAUCGGGCAAGGAGCGAAUACUGCAAUCGAAGACGCCGCAGUCUUAACCAAUCUGCUGUACGAUAGGCUCUCGGAGAAUGGAUACAAGAAACUCUCACGGUCAACGCUGGAGCAGCUUCUUCGUGAAUUCCAGUUUGAGCGCUUUAGCCGUGUCAACAAGAUCUACCAAGAUUCCCGAUUCCUAGUUCGGCUCCAUGCACGAGACGGUAUCGUUAAAUCCCUUCUUGCACGAUAUAUAGUCCCCCGUAUGACGGAACUACCAGCAGAGCUAGCUUCGAAAUCCAUUGCUGAUGGUCCCACAAUCAGCUUUCUCCCAAUGCCUUCGCGCAGUGGGCCUGGAUGGGUGCAGUGGAGUCGAAAGGAAAGACGAUUUUCUGCCUUGUGGAUACUGGUGCUCCUGGUGAUUGUUGUCAGUUUCAGUCUGCACUCGCCCGAGCUUCUUCCAGGGUUGUGGAGUAAUUCGCUGGUUUCUAGACCUACCGAGUGA